AUAUAUCGUAUUAUUGUGCUUACUUCAAUUGGAAACUAAUUAUAAAAACUGUUAAAUAUGGGGAAAAGAAAACAAAUUCACUCCAACAUCGUGGAAGAUUAUGAUUCGCCAGAAGAAGUGCAGUCACCAUCAAGCCACAAGAAACACAAAAAACACAAAAAGAAACAUAAGCGUAAGCCUGUGGAAGAAAAUGAAGAGCUUGAAUCUCCAAAAGCCUCACUUAAACUGAAGUUUAAGAUUGGGGGUGAAACACUUGGAACCAAAAAUGUUGUGUCCGUGACGACAGAGAGCACAGAUGAUAUUGUCAAUGUGACUGAUGACCAGCCAUGGGAGGAGCCAAAAGAUGUGGAAGAUCCGUCUGUUAAAACAAAGAAGGCCGGGGAUGAUACCUCAGAUGAGGAGAAGGAGUGGUUAACUGCCCUUGAGAAGGGGGAGUUGGAUGAUUAUGGUGAGGUCAGCAAGGGCAAGAGGGAUCCCACACUCAUGACUGCCAGACAGAGGGCGCUGAAACAUGGCACACAGGAGCAAGAACUGCUACAGUUGCCAACAGGCUACAAGCAAGUCGAGUUGACAGAAGAACAGCUAAAGCGUAGAGAACAACGGGCAAAUAAGCGUAAACAGAUGGCGCAUGAAAAACAAGAAAAGGAUAAGAGACAAACAAUUGACCGGUUGCUAAAGAAACAAGAAAAACAACUGAAAGGAGCCGCCAAGGCAAGAGCAGGAAGAAAAGCAGAUGCACCAAAGGUUACAUAUCUGAACACCACAAGAGGAAUCUCCAUCUCUGUCCCAGAGGGUAUCAAGUUUCCCCUGGACAGCCAGAGUGCUGAUAAGCCCCCUGUGAGGCCAAGGUGUGGUGUGAAGGGCUGUAAAAAUGACAGAAAAUAUUCAUGUUCAAAGACUGGAGUUUCACUCUGUAGCCUACAGUGUUAUAAGAAAAAUCUUAGUUUACAUAAGUUGACCCCGCCCAGAUUAGUAACAACAUGAUAGGUUGUAGAGGGAAGGAUGGUCUUGUUUGUAAUUCUAAAUUUCGUGACAUGAAAUGUUUCAGAAACUAAAACCAGACAUGUAUAAACCAUGUGGUUUCAAUGCCCAUGCUAUCAUGGAUGCAGAGAAUGUGCUCAGGCUAUGAGAUUUCACAUGUAAUACAAUAUCACAUAGUAACAGUUAUGACAAUAUCUAUACCAUAAACUCAUAUUAUGAAAGGGGAUACAGAUUGAAAUUAAACAAUAUGUGGCUAUUAGUAGAACAUGUUGAUUCAGCACUCUCAUUUCACCUUAAGAAGUAGUAAAUUCCAUGUACUUGUUAUUGUUAUAAUGCUAUUCUGAAAAUAUACAGCAGCCUUAAAGGGGCCAGCAUUAGUUAGAAUAAUAUAUAUAUUAUUUUUUUUAUGCAAGUUGUACAUUUUGGUACAGUAAGCACUAACAAGAUUUAUAUAGCACAUGUCUAAUAGCAAUAUGUUUCGCUAACAUUUCGAUUUUGUGAUCAUUUCUUAAAGCAUAAAUACUUAAAUCUGUAA